AUGAAAGGACUGAAAAAGAGGAAUUUUACGGACCCCGUACAACCCUCCGGACCUCCGCCUUCCGACGCCACCACUGCCGUGGUGUCUGUGAAUUACGGCGGCGUUGUGGCGGAGGAGGAACGGCGCCUAAAUCCCGAGGGGAGUGAGAAAUUCGAAGCCGCGGAGGAGGGUUUUGAGGAGGAAGACGGAGAAGAGGAUGAUUCCGAUGCUGAGAAGGACUACGAGCAGACGGACAACGCACCGGUGGAGGCUGAGGGAGAGAGGACGAAGCUUGCUGAUGGAUACUAUGAAAUUGAGGCCGUACGCAGAAAACGCGUUCGAAAGGGUAAAGUGCAGUAUCUCAUAAAAUGGCGAGGUUGGUCCGAGGCGGCUAAUACUUGGGAGCCUGUGGAGAAUCUGUUGCAGUGUUCGGAUAUUAUCGAUGCAUUCGAAAAAAGCCUUAAAUCCGGAAAAGGUAGGCCCACACCCAAAAAAAAACGCAAGGGUGGUGUAAUUCACGUUCAGACUAAAAAAAAGCCGCACCUGCAGCCACACCCGCACCCAAGAUCUCCUGUGGUUGCAACUUAUAACGUGCCCUCGCACGUGAUCAGGACCACCAAGGAGCCUAUGGGCGUGAACAACAUAGGAACCUCCGUUAAAGCAAAUGAGAAUGGUGCAAGAACAGUUUCUGUCAUAAGAGAGGAAGAAAAGGAGCAAAGCGACUCAGAUUUGAGGCUCUGUGAAUUAAGGGGUGCAAUGGUGAUUAGCAACAAAGAUGCUGACAGGCUGGCGAUUGCCUCCCAAGAAGGCAAAAUGACGGAAGGAGAUUCAAUUGCAAAUGGAGUAAAAAAUCCUGAGGGGGCGGUGGCCCCCGCCCAAUUAGGUCGUUGUAUCGGAGCUAAGAAGAGGAAAUCUGGUUGUGUUAAGCGAUUCAAGAAAGAUCCAGCAUCGUGCUCUGUGAAUGAUGCACUGAAUGGAGAUUUGGCAGGUGCUUCGGUUGUGCCUACUACAAGUGUUCAAUGUCCGGAUUUUCUUGGUAAUAAUACGAAUUGCAAGAAUAAGUUGGAGGAUCCGAAACCCGUGUGCACCAUCACCCAAAUCGUGAAGCCUAUAAGCUAUAGAGCUUCCUUAUCAAGCAAUGUCCAGGAGGUCUUGGUAGCCUUCGAGGCUGUGAGGUCUGAUGGAACCAAAGUUACAGUGGAUAACAAGUUUUUGAAAGCUAACAAUCCACUUUUGCUGAUAGACUUUUACGAGAAACACUUACGAUACAGCCCCACAUGAUGAAAAAAUUGAUUAACUCAGUCCACACAAGCAGCAGCAGAAGAAAUAGCAUUUUCUAUUCCUUGAUGUAUAGCGUUGUUGUAAUUUACUGUAGCAAAAGUCUCCAUAGGAAGGGUGGUAUAUACUAUAUAGUGUUGCAAGCUGGAUUUAUUUUUAGUAGCAAAACUUGUAUUCUCUUGAUUUCGAUUUUUAACAAUUUACCUUCAUAGGAUUUGAGUUAUUAUCGAACGAUUAUGAUUUAAAUGAUGAAUUUACAUUUUUUU